GAAAUAAGAAGAGAGGAGAAGAAGAAGAAUAAAAAGAGGGAGGAGGAAGAAAAGGAGAAAAAGAAACUGCCAUGGCACAAUUCUAAGCUCCUCUCUCACAAUCUUUGAUCUUUUUAAUUUCUAUAAACCUCUCUAUCUCUCAAGCCCUGAAUGGACCUGCACUUUGGAGCAGCAACAGAGCACAAACCUAAGAGAUCCUCAAAACCGGCUGGUCGGACCCGAAACAAGUUUGUAGGAGUCCGUCAGCGUCCCUCUGGCCGCUGGGUCGCUGAGAUCAAAGACACAACUCAAAAGAUCAGGAUGUGGCUUGGCACCUAUGAGACUGCAGAGGAAGCUGCCCGAGCCUAUGACGAGGCCGCGUGCCUACUCCGUGGCACCAACACCCGCACCAACUUUGCCCCCCACAUCUCCCCCAAUUCCCCCCUCGCCUCCCGCAUCCGCACCCUACUCAAGAAGCCCCCGCCUAGCCCAAGGUGUCUGCCCCCUUGCCGGGCCCACAAUUCAGAUGCUGCGAGCCCGGUGCAGGACCAGCCUAGGAUGACCGAGGUGUCAUGGGCCCUACUUGAGCUGGGGCCUGAGGCAGUGAUGACACCGCCUUGCGAACAGCAGGCACUGCCGGAAUUGGAGAGAUUGAGGGUGGAGCGUCAGAUAUCAGCAUCGCUCUACGCCAUCAAUGGCGUGCACGAGUACUUUGAGACGUGUUUUUCGGGUGUGAAUGAGGAAGCCAUGAAUUGUGAUCGGUUUGAUUUGGGUUUUGGGCAACAGGGUUCUUCUUCCAUGGCGUCUGGUUUUUGUGAUGACCCUCCUUCUUCAACAUUCUCUUCUUAUUUGGCUUCUUCAUUCCCUUCUUCUUCAUCAUCUUAUUUAUCUUCUUCUUCAUCAUCUUAUUUAUCUUCUUCUUCUUCUUCGGGUGGUAGUGGAAGUGCUGCAUCUGACUUGUGGGAUCUUCCACCUCUAUGUCAGUUGUUCUGCCAGACAUGAAGAAGCUGAAUAUGUUUCUUUGUUCAUUUUGAUGAUAAUAAGCUGAAUAUGGUACCUCUUUGAGAAAGAGAUUUGUUUUU